CUUCAUAUUUGUAGUUUAAUAGCAUUUGGAGGACUCCGAAUAGCCUACUCUAGUUUAAAGCUAUAUAUAGUAGCCUAAAAACUAUUUCUUCAAAAGACGAUUUUGGUCAGGUAUAGGUCUGUAAUAAUUUAUUUCGGAAAAGACAUUGAACUCUUACAUUAUUUGGUAUCGUAAUUCUUUAUUUAUUUAUUUAUUUAUUUUUACAUAUCUUUUAUUUUCGAGUCGCGCGCGUGCGCAGGCGCGCUCCGAGCGCGAGAGCUGAAGGGCGGGAUGAAGACACCUUCAAACGAGCGAAGGCUCAGACUCAGACAGCGCCUACAAACCUUUCCCCCCCGAGGUCAGCACAACCAGACUGGAAUGACAACAUCGAGCCCGAGCUUCCUGCAUUCACUGAGGACUUCUGUUCUGUUAUCGUGAGGAUGAAGGUGUUUUUCAUUGUCGUUUUUACCAGCCAACUCUUCACAUCUCAGGGGCAAGACUGUCGCGGUGGAGGUGAAGCGUCGAAUGCUCUCAGGCAGAUCCAGAAGCUUCUCUCGGCCCACGAGACGUCCUUCCUGCAGAGUCUGAGGAGCCUCCGCAAGAAGCUCGGCCUGUUACAGAACAGCACAGUAAAACACGGCAGACCCGGCACGGACAAGAGCGCGGGGUCAGACUGUCCUCCACCCGAACCGCCGGCUAACGGGCGGAUCCUAGGGAAGGUGUUCAAGUUCGGUCACGAGGUUCACUUCCUGUGCAGCGCUGGGUUUCGGCUGAUGGGGCCAGAAACCAGAGUCUGUCUGGACUCCCAGAACUGGAGCGGAGCUCAACCCUCCUGCAAGCUUUUGGACACCGCUGCAAACAACGGCGCGUCCGCCUCUGCACCAGCGUCCUCUCCCUCGCCGCCUCUUCCUCCUGCCUCCGACUCCACCCACACGAGAGCGUCCCGCUGCGUCGAGUUUCUGGACUCCACCCACUGCACCUGCGAGCAGGGCUACAGCAUCUCCAGACACAACAGCACCCGGUGCACAGACAUUGACGAAUGCGAGCUCUUCCGUCUGACUCGUCCCGGCCGUCUGUGUUUGCACACCUGUGUGAACACGGCUGGAAGUUUCCACUGCGAGUGUCCCGCCGGGUACAGCCUGGGCCGCGAUAGCAGGAGCUGCCACGACAUCGACGAGUGCGUGAGAGCGACCCAUAACUGCAGCAGCGAGCAGGUGUGUGUGAAUACAUACGGAGCUCAUCGGUGCGUGGACGUGGACUGUCCUCGCGUCCGGAACGCCACGUACAUCAAAACCUCUCCGCUGCGUUGCGACCGUAACCCUUGCAUCCAAGGAGACAACGCCUGUUUCCAGGCCCCGGUCUCCAUUAACUUCCACUUCUUGUCCACGGUGUCCAACAUGUCCACCCCCACCGCCCUCUUCCGGGUGUCCGCGGCGCGCGUCGUGGGCGACGCGCUGCGCUUCGGCCUGCUGGGGAACCGGGGAGUCCAGCACUUCUCCGUCCAGCGCUCGGGCAGACUGACGGGGCAGCUGAUGCUGGUGAACCCGGUUCAGGGUCCCGCCACGCUAGAGGUCGAAAUAGAAAUGAGCGAGAUGGACCGAAGGGUGCUGCUCGGCCGAUACGUCACGAAAGUCACUCUCUUUGUGUCGCCGUAUAACUUCUGAGACGAGGCGGGCGGAGGAUGGACCGAUAUUGGGAAAUCAUUUACAGGCGAGAUAUCGGGGGGGAAUAGGCCUGCGGAGGCGAGAUAGGAACGCCAUUAUACCAUUUCUGAGGCGCCAAUUUACGAGGACAAAAGAAAACGUACGUAUGGUCAAGAGUAAAUUGGUUCCUCGGAAUGAGGAAAAAAACCCAUUAAUUUCUUGCAUUCGGACUAAAGCAUUUAUGCAGCGUUGCGGCUAUUAAUAGUACGGGCUUGCAAUUCUUUUAAACCAUUUAAAAGAAUUUAAAGACAUUCUCGGACAAAUAAGGAUGUCAAAGACAGCAAAAACGCGUCCGCUUUUUUAAAUUAAGAAGAGAUUAAAUUUAAAUGACUUUAAAAAUGUCAUGUGGUGCAAUUAUCAAAUAAAGGUAAUAAAAGUCUUUAUACUUUAAAUGCAUUAUUGUCAAAAAAAAGUACAAAAAAAACAACUAAACAAAACACCGACUUCUCGAAGGUUGAAUGGUUAUGGUUUUCUUUCCAAGCGUCUGUUCUGGGACUGCAACAAAUGGAGCGCUGUGACAAUUUUUCUAAUAUUUUUUGAUGGGACUUUUCCUUUAUGAUCACCAUCUUGCCAUUUCUAUACCGAGCUAUACAUUUAUUCCAUCAAAUGUUAAAUCGGGCGUUUUGAAGUUGAAUAAUCCCAGAGAUUCUUAACAAAAACCAGAAACCUUGCCGUCAAAAAGUUUUGAAAACUGUAUUUAAAAGAAACGUUUUAAAAAAAAUAAUAAAUCGUCUCCAGUGUUGCCAAGUCCAUGGUUUUCCCUCCCGGAAUUGGGCUAAUUUAACGUCGUCGUCAUGGGUUGUUUUUUUGCAUUUUACCCCCCGAACACAAAUUUCUUGGAACAGAAUGCCAUUUGGCUGGUUUUGCGUAACAACUGGGUGGGUUUUGUUGUGAAAACCUGGCAACCCUGCAGCAGAGGCAGAUGCGGCUCCACUGAAGUACAAACAGUAAAGGGAAAUGUUUGUCGUACAAAAUAGGUGCGCAGAAACUCGGCAAAGGGAAUGUGGCGCCACGGCGUCACUUUACCCACGCAAGACGAUCUUCUCCGCACUCUCGACCUUUACUUGCGCGAGGAGGCUACAUAAAAGGCGCUCGCACGCAGACGCCAAAGACAAAACACAGCAGAUACAAACCAUCAGAUCAAUUUUAUUAACAACGGUCCAAUUCAACUCGUACAGAACCAGACAUGAGAAACGACAAAAGAAAAGCGCAGUUAUUGAGUUAUAUCUGUAUAGCACACGGUUUAAUCGGAUUCCAGGAAAAAUACUUUUCAUAAUAAAUUUGUGCACAGAAAGUAAAUACAAAAACAAUUCAUCGUUUGAUCAUUUCUAGGUCGUAUAUCAGUUCGACAGACAGGAAGCAGUGGUUGUGAGCAGAUGACACACACACA